AGUUGAAGUUGAAAUUGAAAUCGAUGCAAAUAUCUUUCAGUUUUAAUUCAUAAAUUAGCACAUGGAUCAACACUUGAUUUUUGAUCUCUGAACUGAAAUAUUCUGGAAGAGUUACGAAAAUGAUCCAUUGGUCACUUAUUGUCAGCGCUUUGGGCGUCAUUAUAGCCGUUCUGGGUGGAUACUGUGGUUGGUCACUGUUCCCUACAAUGAUUCACAAAAAGGUCGAACAGAGUGUAAUUAUAUCCGAUGGUUCUGAGCAAUACAAACGCUUUGUGAAUUUACCACAACCACUGAAUUUUAAGGUAUACAUUUUCAAUGUAACAAAUCCCGAAAUGAUACAACAUGGGGCCAUUCCCAUUGUUGAAGAAAUUGGACCAUACGUGUACAAACAAUAUCGGCAGAAGAAGGUAAAGCAUUUCUCUCGAGAUGGAUCGAAGAUAACCUAUGUACAGAAUGUGCAUUUCGAUUUUGAUGAGGAUGCUUCAGCUCCUUAUACACAAAGUGAUCGAAUUGUGGCACUCAAUAUGCAUAUGAAUGCCUUUUUGCAAGUAUUCGAAAGAGAAAUCACUGAUAUCUUACAGGGUUUUGCAAAUAGAUUGAACUCACGUCUAAAUCGAACUCCCGGUGUACGGGUUUUAAAGCGUCUGAUGGAGCGCAUUCGAGGGAAACCGCCCUUUAGCUGGGUUAACGGCAUCUUAAUCAGCCUUAUUGAAGAUGUCAAAUCUGUGCUGCAAAUUGGUGAGAAUGAUCCUGGCCUGGCUCUGCUCCUGGUUCAUCUAAAUGCCAAUCUCAAGGCGGUCUUCAACGAUCCUCGCUCCAUGUUUGUCCACACCUCGGUGAGGGAGUAUCUCUUCGAUGGCGUCCGUUUCUGCAUAAAUCCUCAGGGCAUUGCCAAGGCCAUUUGUAAUCAGAUCAAGGAAAGCGGCUCCAAGACAAUUCGGGAGCAAAGCGAUGGCAGUUUGGCCUUCUCCUUUUUUGGACAUAAAAAUGGAUCUGGCCACGAGUUGUACGAGGUGCACACGGGAAAAGGAGAUGCCAUGAAGGUGUUGGAGAUCCAGAAACUGGACGAUUCGCACAAUUUACAGGUGUGGCUCAAUGGCACCGGGGAGGGGGGAGAGGCUUCGGUCUGUAAUCAGAUCAAUGGAACCGAUGCCUCCUCGUAUCCCCCAUUCCGACAACGCGGUGACUCCAUGUAUAUAUUCAGUGCGGAUAUUUGUCGAUCUGUUCAGCUGUUCUAUCAGUCGGAUAUUCAGUAUCAGGGCAUUCCCGGAUUCAGAUAUUCCAUUGGCGAGAAUUUUAUUAACGACAUUGGACCCGAACAUGAAAACGAAUGCUUCUGUGUUGACAAAUUGGCGAAUGUCAUUAAACGUAAAAAUGGAUGUCUCUAUGCAGGUGCAUUGGAUUUAACAACCUGUUUGGAUGCGCCUGUUAUCUUAACGCUGCCUCACAUGCUUGGCGCCUCCAAUGAAUAUAGGAAGAUGAUCCGAGGUCUUAAACCCGAUGCCAAAAAGCAUCAGACCUUUGUCGAUGUGCAAUCGUUGACGGGCACACCACUCCAAGGUGGGAAGAGAGUGCAAUUCAAUAUGUUUCUGAAGAGCAUUAAUCGGAUAACCAUCACAGAGAAUCUGACCACGGUUCUUAUGCCUGCCAUUUGGGUAGAGGAGGGUAUUCAACUAAAUGGCGAAAUGGUCAAUUUCUUUAAAAAGAAACUCAUCAAUACGCUAAAAACGCUAAACAUUGUCCACUGGGCGGGACUAUGUGGCGGAAUGGGCGUGGCAGUUUUAAGCCUCAUCUAUUACAUAUUUCAGAGGGAGCGGCCAGCGGAGGUGCCCUUAAAAUAAGGAGGAGGCUAAACUGAAAGAGUAUACGACUACCCUAAAGUUGUUAUUAAAUGUUAUAAAUGUAUUUUAUUAUUACUUUUUAAAUAUUAACUAUUAUUAUUACUAUCAUUAUAAUGAAUGUAACAAUAUGCUCUAAUUGUGCACGAAUUUUGUAAAUAAUUUAUUUUUUAAAUGUGAUUUUAUUAUAUUGUGAUUUAGUGUGUACUAAAAACUGUUGAAUAAAUAUGAGAAUGAAAACAAA